AUGCAAACAUUAAGAGUCGCAUAUAUUCCGGAACAUUUUUCAACACCAUUGUUUCUUGCUGAAAAACAUGGGUUCUACAAGUCUCGCAACCUUCAAAUUGAGUUUGUCAAGGUCCCAGAAGGAAGUGGAAGAUUGAUCCAAUUGUUAAAUGCCAACGAGGUGGAUAUUGCUAUCGGUUUGACCGAAGCUUUCAUUGCUGAUAUUGCCAAAGGUAACCAGAAUGUCCACAUUUUGGACACAUAUGUGAAGUCUCCAUUGUUAUGGGCUGUAUCCACCGGACAAGAUCGUGACAUAUCUAAAGUUGAGGAUUUGAAUAAGAUUGGUGUCAGUAGAAUUGGAUCAGGAUCCUACAUAAUGAGUUUUGUCUUAGCCAACAAAUUGGGAAUUAAACCAUUUACAGAGUUUGAGGUUUUGUCAAAUUUCAAAAACUUGAGAGAUUCGGUGAACUUGAAAUCUAAUGUCUCACCCUCCGAUGCGUUCAUGUGGGAAUACUUUACCAGUAAGAAAUACUAUGACACUAAAGAAAUCAAACAGAUAGAUCAAAUAUACACUCCUUGGUCAUCAUGGGUUGUUGCAUGUUCAUCCGACGCCAUGAAGAAGCCAUUGAAAGAUUUCAUUGGUGCUGUUGGUGAAGGUAUUGACUAUUUCAACAACAAUUUAAACGAAGGUAUCAAGUAUAUCUAUGAAACCUUGGAUUAUUCUGAAGAGGAUGCAACAGAAUGGACCAAGACUGUGAAAUUUAACUCAGACAUCGGUAAAACCCCAUUAGAUUGGGAAAACAUUGUCGUUAAUACUACAAACAUUUUAAAGUUGGCUGGUGUGUUGACUGACUCAGAUGAAACCAUAUCAAGCAGAUUGCUGUCAAACGUCAAGAAAACAAACUUGUAG